UCAGCUUCAAUCGUGUGAAUUGCGGAUCGGUCCGGAUUUUCGUUCGAUAUUGGUGCUGAUUAUUUCUUGCUAGGUGUGUGAAAAGUGUUCGGAAUGUAAAUUCUGCGAUUGGAGUGUGCCUACGGAAGGCAGUACCGUUUAAAGUUGAUUUACUCUCUGUCUGAAUCGUGAAAAAAGUGUGAUCCAUGUGCUUGAGCAUGUUUGCUGAAGUGUGAAGAAAAUCCUAGUGUCUCCUGGAAGUAAUGAACCAAGCAUUUUACAAUUCUAGUCUGUCGAUGAGCUGAGACGAAGAACGCUUUGAGUUAGGAAGUGGCCUCCAAAGGCAAUCCGAUGUAGUUUCGGAACAAAGCAAAAUUUAGAUUUUUCUCAUUGAAAGGAAACAAAAAAUCAGAACACUGCAUGCCGCUGUCCUUUGAGAUCAUACAAAAUACCAGGUUCUGUACCAAUAUGGUUUUUGUGUGAUUGACAAGUGUUGAUAAAAGCGGCAGUAUUAUCAAGUAAUAAAUCCUAGCCACUGAGAAAAUCGAUUGCGUGUCACAUAUUUCGGGGAGUGAUAACGCAUCGACCGAACGAGUGCCAGCUAGCGAGACGUAGAAUCCUCGAUACGGAAUAGAUGAAAAAUUAAAUAUCGACUGUAUUGACAACAGUUGGAACCAUUUGCCGAAUUAGUUGCGGUCGUGAAAUGUUCCAUUCGUCGAUUGUUUCUUGGACCGUUGGGCAGAGCCGUUUCAUCAAAAGAUAGCACAUCUAUCCCGCAGCUCCUGUAUUUCAUUGAUUACGACCAGUUGCGCAAGACACCUUCAGUAUAUCGCAGCAGCGGCAGCAACAGCGCUGUCAUUAUUAUCUUCGUUUGAUUUGCAAAACAAAAAUUACGAGAACGAAGCCUCCCUGACCUUCGCUCAGUGGCGAGGUUUGACUGGUAGUACUCACUGACACCAGCAAUGCCACUCGAAACUAGUGACCACCCUAUUCCCGCUCCCACGCCAUCGCCGCCACCGCAUUCUCCGGUUCCUGCGGCAAAGGACGUUCCCGAUCAGGCCAACGGUUACCAGGAACUGUAUAGCUCGAUCCGAAGCAAAAAGUCCAUCAAAUCCAAAAUUUCCACCAACUCGUUGCGCUAUGACCGCGGCAAGGAGAAACGCUAUGCGGACGGAAUGUCCACACUAGUGGAGCUCCUGACGGAAACCUCCCAGGCAUCGGUGCACGACAUCCUCAACGAUGGCGACGAAGAUCAGAUGUUCGUCACCGGUUACGAAAAAUCACCGCUUCGCAUGUUCUUCUGCUACAUUGGAUACUUUCUGACCUUCGGCAUUCUUCGGUUGGUCAUGCACUGGUGGCAGCACUGGCUGCUACUGGCAACCCACCGCGAGUGCUCGCUGGAAGUGGCCCAGAAGGUGCUCGUUCACGAACGCUACCAGGGCAAGCACGAUGCCUACUACGUCAAGAGCGUCGUGACGCUGGAUGCCGAUGCAAUCAAAGAAAUCACCGCUACCGCCAACCAGAAACCCUCCCCGAACGGAGCGAACAUCAUCAGGGAGCUGCAGUUGAUCGGCAUCACCGACCCGGCCGCAUUCUUCAAUCAGUUCAGCCCGUUCCAGGCUUCGUUCCAUCGGUCCGGCGGAAAGUUCGAACACUUUGACUCGAUUCGAUUCUUCAACUGCAAAAAACUACGCUACAUCUGGAGUAGCGAAUCGAAACGGUUCCUAAAGCUGAAGGGAUUGGACGUGGAAGUCCCGAGCGUAGCACUCCAUCACAGCAAAGGUCUGUCGCUGUACGAGCAAAACGUUCGCCGGUUGGUGUACGGUAGCAACGAGAUUCUUAUUCCGCUGCGAGGUAUCCUCACGCUGCUGUUUCUAGAGGUGCUAAAUCCGUUCUAUGUGUUCCAAAUAUUCUCCGUGUGCUUGUGGUUUGCUUACGACUAUUACUACUAUGCUACUGUGAUCCUGCUGAUGAGCGCCUUCGGAAUCUCGCUAUCGAUCAUUCAAACCCAAAAGAACCAGAAAGCUCUUUAUUCGACGGUGAAGAGCAGCGACACUGCGACAGUGCUUAGGGAUGGCUGCGAACCGGAGCAGAUCGAAACUCGCUUUCUAGUGCCGGGAGAUGUCGUCGAAAUACCUGCCAACGGAUGCACGAUGCAGUGUGAUGCGGUGCUCAUUUCCGGUAACUGCAUCUUGGACGAAUCGAUGCUAACUGGCGAAAGUGUCCCGGUUACGAAAACUCCACUACCGCUGAAGCGUGAACUGUACUACGAUAAGAAGGAUCACGCUCGGCAUACACUGUUCUGCGGAACGAAGGUCAUUCAAACUCGGUACAUCGGCAGUGAGAAAGUUUUGGUUAAGGUUAUCAACACAGGAAAUAUUACCGCCAAAGGCGGUCUGAUUCGGUCCAUCCUCUAUCCACCUCCGGUGGAUUAUAAGUUUGAAAAAGAUUCGUACAAAUUUAUCAUGGUGCUAGCCUUCGUAGCGGGUUGUGGCUUUCUGUACACAGUAGUGACGAAGAUUAUGCGAGGGGUUGGAGCUCUGAAAAUUGUUGUAGAAUCACUGGAUCUCAUUACAAUUGCUGUGCCUCCGGCACUACCUGCGGCUAUGACUGUUGGUCGAAUGUACGCCCAGAAGCGGUUGAAGAAGAACAACAUCUACUGUGUUUCACCGAGGGCGAUCAACGUGUCCGGCAGUAUUGAUUGCGUUUGCUUCGAUAAAACGGGCACACUGACCGAAGAUGGCCUAGACAUGUGGGGUGUUCUACCAAAGGACGGUACCAACCAUUUUCAGAUUCCGUUGACGGACAUUUCUAGGCUACCGAUGAGCGAACACUUGCUCAGUGGAAUGGUUACAUGUCAUUCGAUUACGUUCGUCAAUGGGGAGAUGCGAGGAGAUCCACUGGAUUUGAAAAUUUUCGAAUCUACCGGUUGGAUCCUGGAAGAGGCGAACGUUUCCGAUGAGACAAAGUACGACUUGUUGUUUCCGACGAUUGUGAAACCUCCACGAGGCGAUCCGAAUGCAACGAACCUGGAGCUGGAUGUGACGUACGAUAACUCGAAUGACAUCGGUAUUGUGCGGGAGUUCUCCUUCACCAGUGCACUGCAACGGAUGUCUGUGAUUACUAGAAAAUUGUCGGAUAACCAUUUCAAUGUUUACGUCAAGGGUUCACCCGAGAUGAUCAACAGUCUGUGCAAACCGGAAAGUAUUCCCGAAGACUUCACCCCUAAGCUAGGAUUCUAUGCGCAACAGGGCUACCGGAUCAUUGCGAUCGCUUACAAGUCUUUGGAUAAGAAGAUGAACUACACGAAGAUUCAGAAAGUGUCGCGCGAAAAGAUUGAGUGUGAUCUGGAGUUUUUGGGUUUUGUAAUUCUGGAGAAUCGGUUGAAGGCGGACACCGAGGAAGUGAUCGAUAGUUUGAAUGCGGCCAACAUACGGUGCAUCAUGGUGACCGGAGACAAUCUUUUGACGGCGGCGAGUGUCGCACACGACUGUGGUAUGGUGAUGCCGGGACAAAGUUUAGUAACACUGACGGCGCAUGCCGAUAAGACCUAUCUGGGGAAGUAUUUCUUGAGCUACGAUGUGACGGGACAACCGCAGUUAACUCAAUCAGAUAUCAUCAACGAUAAUACGGUUAGCGGGGAGAAGCGAAAUGGAAACUACGCUUUGAUGACUCAAUCGAACAGUGUCAGUAGCUGUGAAACGAUGGAUACGUGCACGAUUUCCACUCAGUUGAGCAAUUUUGAAAAGGAUGAUCAUCGGAUAACCGUGGAUGGUGUGGAUGAAAAAUCAGUAAGAGUAGAUAUGGUGGGGAAAGGAGGCUCCUUUAGGUUUGCGUUGACCGGAAAAACAUGGGCUGUGGUUAAAGAUCACUUUCCGGAUUUGGUCCCCACUAUUUUGACGUUUGGAACUGUGUUUGCACGAAUGUCACCGGAUCAGAAGCAACAUUUGAUAAGCGAUCUUCAAAAUUUGGGCUACUACGUGGCUAUGUGUGGCGACGGAGCCAACGAUUGCGGCGCUUUGAAAGCGGCACACACAGGAAUAUCGUUGUCCGACGCAGAAAGCUCGGUAGCAUCGCCGUUUACAUCGAAAAAUCCGACAAUUGCCUGUGUACCGAAAGUCAUCAAGGAGGGACGGGCGGCUCUGGUGACGUCUUUCGGUAUAUUCAAGUAUAUGGCGGCUUAUUCGCUGGUACAAUUCGCAUCGGUAUUAAUUCUGUACUCGAUCGACUCCAAUCUGACGGAUUUCGAGUUCCUCUACAUUGAUCUUUUCAUCAUCUCCGUUGUGGCGUUUUUCUUCGGAAAGACCUCCUCAUACGAUGGUCCACUGGUUAAGGAGGUACCAUCGAACUCGCUGAUAUCGUUAAGUCCUCUGCUGUCGCUGGCUUUGCAUCUGAUUGUGGCUUUAGGAUUCCAAGUCGCCGGCUGGUAUCACAUCCAGUCUCAGCCUUGGUUUACACCGUUCAAUUACACUGACGAGCUGGCGCUGAACGAUUUGGGCUGCUACGAAAACUAUGCCAUUUUUAGUAUCUCCUGUUACCAGUAUAUCAUCCUAGCGAUUGUAUUCUCCAAGGGAGCACCGUAUCGCAAAUCGAUCUUCUCCAACUACGGUUUCCUAGUUAGCAUAAUUUUCAACACCAUCGUCUCGAUUAUACUGACCAUGUAUCCUCCAGCGUGGCUACACGAGCUGUUCCAGCUAGUUAUUCCCGAGGACGACUACGUAUUCCGAGCUUACAUGGUGGCGUAUGGGUUCGCCAACUUCCUGAUUGCGCUGUUCAUCGAAAAGUACAUCAUCGACGUGAUCGCGUUCCAGAAGCUACGCUACCGCUGGCACAACAUUGCCAAGUCCCGGCGUAAAUACUUAAUGAUCGAGCAGAACUUCCGCCGAGAGGUGCAACACCCGAACGACUUUAAAACCGUGCUCGGCUGGUCCAGCGAGAAGUACGAUUACUGACACCUCCUGUGGCGGGUGACGAAGCUGGUGGUUGCGGCAGUGAUGGAGAACCAUCGCUGGCCAUUAGAACGGUAGCGACCGCCGCCAGCUGAUUAGCUGAAUGGAGUACUUUUGUUCUGUGUGUUUUUUUAUAUAACUACGCAAUUGCUGCACCGCAUAAAAGCAAACUGCCAACGUGUGUUUUUAGGUUCAUCGGUUUCGUGAAACAUUACGCAGCAAGCGUCGUAUAGGGGUUGUCCUUAGGUUAAAAGUGGAAUUUAGAGUUGUAAGUGCCAUAAAUGUAUUAUGUUUUGGUGAAGAUCAAACGACCGGAAACAGGAAGUAAAUUAUUGGAACUAUCACUUUUUCGAAGAAGGGCGACCGCAGCAAAAAAUAUACGAGCUAAUGAGAAAUGAAAAAAAAAAUUACAGGAAUUACAGCGCUGUGCAGAAUCAUAAUCAAAUAAGGACAAUAAUCAAAAUUUGUAUGAAAAUCAAAUAUUUAAACCCAAUCGGAAAGCUAUUGAAGUCAUACAGCUCUGCCUAUAUACCUAUAUUUUCUCUUGCUUCUGCACGCGUAAUUCAGAGGAUGCUUGUGAUCGUGGGAAGGUUGAGGGAUUUUUUGAAUACUGAAAGAUACAAAUCCAGUAGAAACAAAGUGCAAAGAUACUUUUUCCUGCAUAUACUUUUUGAGCAAUCUAACCAAAAACGAGUGUUUACUAUAGAAUGACAGUUCUGCUUUGGUUUGCAAUAGUAAAGUUUAGUCAAGUAUUUUGAUAUUUUUUCUUCUUUCUGAUCGUCUUAUAACAUUUGUAAUAGAAAAAAACAGAUGAAUGCUACUUACCUGGUUAUUUCCACGUAGUGUACUCACACCUGAAAAAUGACAAGAAAAAAAAAGAUUAUCCAUUGUGAAUAUAUGCUACGUAUAUGAAAAUAAGUAACGUAUAUAAAGAUUAAACCUUCAUCGAACGCAAUACAAUCAAUCGCAAGAGAUUUAGAACAACCAUCGCUAGAUGUCGCCCCGAAACAGAAUCAAAACUCAUUACAUUCAAAAGUAUUUCAGCAUCUUCAUGUAUGUAGCAAGUGACUAAAGUUCCUCUGUUGAGCGUCUUAGUAGAAACUAAAAAAUGCAGAAAAAAAGAAACUGUUUUCCUGUUAAAUUCAACAAUUUAUUUGGUUAUUCUGACAGACAUGCAUUUCGCCUAUGACUUGUUUGUAGCUUUCAUCAGUGUAUAUUUCGAAUUAAUGGUAAAGAUGAAAAAUGCAUAACAUAAUUCCUCUUGUUGCUCGCUUCAUGGUUGCUAGUCUCCAAUCCUGCGGAUUCUCACUGCUCACCAGAUGGACCAAGAGCUGGCGUUGAUGCGCCACGUCCUUCGCUCGUACUCGGGAGAUUCGAAUAGAUUCGGUAGACCACUCGAUUCGCUUCCGAUUUAAAAUCAGCGAACAAACGGUGCAUGGGAACUCUGUAUUUACCAUCUUUUCAAAGGAUCUGCCGCAGCGUAAAUAUUCACCAAACAGACUGGACAAAUUCACACAAAUCUGUUCACAAGAGUCAAUAAUGUCGAUGGAAAAUGCUUAGGAAGAGCACCUAGUGGGCGGUGGUUGUGAUCGCAAAAUAGUUCUUACAGUCCAACUUGUCACACCUUUCAUUUAGGCCGGUCAAAUAACUUCAUCCUUUCAUUCCUACAGUAGCUGUUCAGUAUUCCAUAAAUCUUGCUUCUGCAGCUCGGCCAUCAUAAUUAGAGCUGUGUCUCGCUUGUCCGUGAUUUAGCGUGGUCAUUCUAAAGAAAAAAGGUUGCUUGCGCUGUCAUCAUGCGACCAGAAGUCGUGCCGGAGUUGGUUACACGAUCUUUUUGUUGGUUACUCGCAUCCCAGUUGGCACCCCGAGAGGUAAGAUCUCGCUAGCUGGAAGGUUAAGGUUCACUAAGUGGGAAUUGUAUUGCGCCUUGGAUGCAGGCCAGUACAGAUUUUUUAUAUUAUUAGCUUUGAUAGUCCUUUUUCCAGUCCAUUCAAUUCGGUGGUAACGACGGACUGCCCAUUGGUGCUCCUUUCGAUUGUUUGUAGCCUCUAAAUGCGAAGUGGUUCUCUUUCAUACACAAUCGUGUCAGUCUCAAGUAUCCUUCUACUUUUUUCUAUAUUCUCCUUUUUUAUUCUACAUAAUUGAGUCCCAUUCUUUCAUUACUCGAUUAACCCGUUGUACCAUUUUGAAUAUAGACAUCUAUUAUGGGCCGUUACUGAUUUUCUACAGCAUCUGUAUUUUGUAGUCCUUCCUCCUUUUUCGUUAUGAUAACUUUGUUCUCUUUUUUGUCACGUUACGUAUCAUAUUGAUAAUUGUUUAACUCAUUGACGAUACAGACAUCGGGGUUUUUCCUUUUCCUUUCCAAUUUUUUUUAAUGACUCGACGAAGCUUACGCCUCUAUUGUACAUACCUUACGAAACAGUGUAAUCGGUACGGUUUCAGUUUGUUCCAAACUGACAAUGAUAAAGUCUGCAAAUCGUAGGCGAAGUACUUAUCUGUAAGAAUAAAAAAAAAUAACUAGUAGACUUGAUCCAGGAAAGGGUUUCUUACUUUCUUUACAUGCAGUAAUUGUUUUUCGACAACAAAUGCGAGCAGCAGACCGUCAAAGAUCGAAACCAAUACGUUAAUAAACUGUAGGCAAAACUCGCACAUCAGGCGUAUUAUUAAACAUUAUAUUCCCUGGCUAUAGCUUGCCUGUUUGUUUUUUCGAAUUGCAUGCAAGGGAACAGAGCUUUUGUUCCACACAUUCUCACUAUUGUUAGGCGAUAACCGAAAAAAACACUGCAAAAUAACAUUAGGUCAUACACAUACCUUCUCGGGCUUUCUCAGAAUGUAUGAGAAUUGCAUUUUUUGUGCAAAAACGGCGCAUCUUGAGAUAAUAUUAAGAGCAACCAAUUAGCACUAAAAAAUACAGUUGCAUUCAGCAUAUAACUACCGAUUAUACGACACAAGUGAGGGCUAAUUUAUUAAAACAUAGACGGUGUUGGUUAGCACUUUGCUACACGUAGGACAAUUACCAUACAUUAAGUUUAACAUAGUGCUUUUAAUUGAACCGGGAAUGCAGCGUUGAAACGGCCCAGUCACCUAGUGACUGAACCAAGUAACCACAUACUUAAGCAUUGAUUUAAAUAGAAAUAUCGAUUAUUCACAUCAAGAAAAUAUUUAUGACCGCUACAAUUUUUUAGUAUGAUUUUUUUGCUUAUAUUUAUCAUCAUAACUUGUUACUACAUUUUAGCGAAAUAGAUAUAGGAAGGCAGAAAACUAAAUUUGGGAGGCGAACGUUAUUUGAAAAUGAUUUGAAUGUAAAUCGAAACUAACAAGGUAGCAAAUUUGCAAUGCACCCAGAAGAUAUCAAAGAACUUCCUCACAUAUUAGAACCGGACAUUCGUUUUGCGUGUAUCACGGUAGCGUACGACACGUUUGAAUCGAGUGACACGUAAGAUAGACAACUUUUACCAGGUAGCAGUAGCGGCCAGAGUAGUUGUAAUUGGUGCCGAUUCACUCUUUUCAUUUAGUCUCUGGUUUGAUGUUGAAACAAAAAAGUGUGCAAAUUGUUCAAAAAGAGAAUGUUUACAUUCGGCAGGACUUAAUCAAAUCAUACUUGAAAAAAAUAAAAAAAUAAAACAAAGCAUCUCUACAGAAGAAAAUGUAACAGAAUUAUGUACAUAUACCGGGAAAUAUUUUACAACAAAUAAAGGUUACUAUUAUAU